AACCCAUUUCCAAUUAUUUGUCUUUCAGUGUGUCUUAAUGACCUACAAUUUUGGAUUUUGUGAAUGCUUUCUUGUGAAGCUUCCUGAUUUGAGAUUAAAAAGUCCAAUCUAAUAAUUGGGAGGGUUUCAAGCGAUCCUGGUUUGUCUUUGUCUUUUCGGAAUCUCCGUUGUGAUUGAAAAUUAGGGUUUGUGACGGAGCUCUGUUUGAUGUUCUGAAAUUUAACGAUUCAAUGGUUGGUGACUUUGCGCAGAUGCAUCGGGUCUUAUUCGCUUGUAUUUAUUGCUUUACAAGAUGGCAUCUACGACUCUAAGGAGGCGGCUUCAUCAUGGGGACGUAGAUGGGAGAAAGUAUGAACGCUAUGAUGCAACAGACUCUGAAACUUUAAGCGAACCUUUGUUGGGAAGUAGUAGUGGUAGUAAAGACGGGUACAAUGAGGAGCCUACUCUGGAGGAUAUUUGGGAAGAAGAACGGAAGAAACAGCAAGUUCACUGGACAUUAAUCUUUUCUCAGUUGAUUGCACAAUGGGCUCAGUGGAUAGCCAAAAUUGUCUUUGGAUCUGGUUCACUUUUUGGGAGGUUCCUUUCUCUGCCUCAAAUAGGUUCUGGUGGAAGGCUUUUGCCUCCUCCUCUUAGUAUGUUGCAGGAAGAAAGGCUGAGAAACAUUAAGCGAAGAAUAGAAAUACCAUUUGAUGGAUCUCGAAUGGAGCAUCAAGAUGCACUUAGACAACUAUGGAGGUUAGCUUAUCCACAGAGGGAACUACCACCUCUUAAAUCCGAACUCUGGAAGGAGAUGGGUUGGCAAGGAACAGACCCUUCAACAGAUUUCCGAGGUGGAGGAUAUAUAUCACUGGAAAAUCUAAUCUUCUUUGCAAAGACCUAUCCGGAAUCAUUCCACAGAUUGUUACAUAAAAAAGAUGGAACAAGAGCCGAAUGGGAAUAUCCUUUCGCGGUUGCUGGCAUUAAUAUCUCAUUCAUGCUGGCACAAAUGUUAGAUCUUCAAUCAGGUAAACCAUCAACAAUGGCCGGGAUAAGGUUCUUGGCGUUUCUGGAAGAAGACGAAAUGGCGUUUGAUAAUCUAUACUGUAUAGCUUUCCAAAUGAUGGAUGCACAAUGGCUUGCCAAACGAGCUUCUUACAUGGAAUUCAAUGACGUUCUGAAAUCAACGAGGGCACAAUUGGAACGUGAGCUUGCGCUGGAGGAUGUUUCCAGCAUCAGAGACUUGCCUGCUUUUAAUCUAUUGUACAAAUAAUCCCUAAUUUUAUAUUUUCUUUACUUUCAAUUUUCCUAUAAUUUCUACCUGUAUUUUAUAUGAAUAAUCUGAGAAAUUC